AGCUAACUUCUGAUCACUGUUUUAUUAUCGGGGGAAGCUGGACCCCAAACCUGACAUCCAAGGCUUGACUCCUUUCCCACCAAAUACCAGUUCCACUCAGCACUUAGUCAAGAAAACCACUCGUCCAAAUGAACAGCAAAUUAGAAGUCAGAAAAAGUCUAUGUAGGACAGUAUCUGCCCGACAACGGAGAGAAGGAGCUCUCCCACGGGGAGCAAGGUAGCUUAGCUCGACCAAGAGAGAAAGUCCCAGAUCUCAGCCACGGGGAUGCUUCCCAAGCCCAGUGUAGUCUGGCCGGCUGGGGAGAGGGAUGUGAUGGUCUGGCUUCUCCCCACUCUCUAAGGAUUUAUUUCAGGAGAUCAGAGUUGGAGCUAGAAGGGACCUUGGGGAUCAUCUAUUCCAACACAUUUUUCUAGAUUAAAAAAAACAAAAACAAAACAAACAAACAAACAAAACCCCUAGGGAUUGUGCAGACAGCUAUUAAGCAGCAGGUAAGGCUGCAUCCCAGAGCUGCUCGCAGGGAGCCAGGGUAGCCCAAGCUUUGAGCGCCACCUGGUGGCUUGUGCCCUGUAGAGACCACUCCAAAUCACAUCUAGUGAAGAAAUACUCUGUGUGUGUGUGAGUGUGUGUGUUCUGGGGUGGGGGAAAGGGGUCUGCUUGAAUAUCGCAAACUAUCAGGCGUUCGACAAACGAAACCAUCUCUGCCCUCAAAGAGCUUACGUUUUACUGGGAACAUACAUGUGUAAGUCAGAGGGUUUAGGAAGGAUAGUCAUGACGUCUGCCUGAAACGGAGGGUGGGGGCCAGCUGGUGGAGGCCCCUCAGUCUCAGGUAGGACAUUGAGCCUUUUAUUCUAGAGGCAAUGGGCCCUGGGGGCCCUGGGGGCUUAGAGCUGCAGGAGAUUUGGCACUUUGGCAGCUGAGUGGAGGCUGGGUUGGAGAAUGAGCACAGGAAGCAGGGAGGCCAUCAGGACAGUGGAGGCAUGAGACCACAAAGGCUGGAAGGAGGGCAGACGCUACAUAACUGGAGGGAAGGGGAUGGAUGCAAGAGACAGAGAAGUGGAAUCUACAUUUGGCACCUUUGAACCUAGAUCACAGAAGGGCUGAGCUGCCAGCAGUUUCGGGGCAUUGAGUCUAACCCCACUCAGCGUGAAGUUUCUGGGGUGCCUUUCUCUUCAAGUUCUCCUCCUCCCUCUCUGACAACUCCUCCUCUGUUUCCUUGGCCGGAUGCUCCUCCAGAUCCUGCCCUCUAAUCACAGGGGUCCCUCAUGUCUCUGGCCUGGGCCCUCCUCCCUUCUCCCUCUAGACUGCUUCACUUGGGGGCCUCCUCAGCUCCCACAGAUUUAACGACCAUCUCUAUGCCGAGGAUUCUCACAUCCACCUCUCCUGCCCCAGCCCCGAUGACAUCCAAUCAUCUUUUUUGCCCCUGAACCCUCCACCUGUCCCACUUUCCCUGUGACUGUAGAGGGCACCCCCAUCUUCCCAGUUCUUCAGGCUCCCGACCUAAUCCUGAGAUUGCUCUCUCUCUCACACUCCUGCCGGUAUCUGAGCUCUUGUAAAGGCUUGUUGUUCUCAACUUGGGAAUUUCUCUCGAACGCGCCCCCUUCUCUCCUGUGACACUGCCCCCAUCCUGGUGCAGACUUUCAUUCCCUCACACCUGGACUACGGUAAUAGCUGCUGCGGGGACUGCCUGCCUCAAGCCUCUCCCCACUCCAUUCAGCAUCUAAAGUGAUUUUCCUGAAGCCCAGGUCUGACCAUGUCACCCCACACUGCAAACUGCAGGGGCUCCCUUUGGCCUCCAGGAUCAAAUCCAACGCUCUGUUUGGCCUUCACAGUCCUGCCUAACCUGCCCCCUCCUCCCUUUCCAGUCUGCUGACACCCGACUCUUGAAUCUAGCCACACUGGCCUCCUGGCUGCUCUGUCUCCUGACUGCUGGUGUUUUCACUGUCUGUCUCCCCCUCCCUGAGCAAUCUCUGCUUCCUCAUCUCUACCUACUGACCUCCCUGGCUUCCUUCAAGUCCCAGCUAAAAUCCCACCUUCUCCAGGAAGCCUUUCCCCUCUCCCUCAAUUCCAGUGCCUUCCUUCUGCUAAUGAAUGUUUCUUAUUUGUCCCAUGUGCGGCUCUCGCUUCGCAUGUGUUUGUUUGCACGUUGUCUCCCCUUUUGGACUGUAAGCUCCUUGAGGGCAGGGCCUGUCUUUUACCUCUUUUUGUAUCCCCAGGGCUUAGCAGAGUGCCUGGCACACAGCAGGCGAUCAGUAAGGGCUGAUUGACAGGUUUGUCGGUCAUCUGAGAUGGGAGGAAGGCAGACCUUUGUGCUGCCUGAAAUUUCAUCAUUGAGGAUUUGUUCCUUUUCGUCCACUCGUGCGGCGGGGACCCAGGGGGCACAACUAGGAGAAGUGGGCGGCACUUACAGAGAGGUGGAGAAAAUAUGUGCCGAACAAAGCAUUGCAAAAGGAGGUCGGGCUGCCUCUGGAGGUAGUGAGCUCCCCAUCCUGGGAGGUCUCCAAGCAGAGGCUGGAUGGGGUGGGAGGUGAGGGGGGAAGGGGUUCCUGGUCAAGCACGGGUUGGCCUGAACUCCCUCUACAAUCCUCCCCAAUCCUCUUCAAAGUCUGAGACACUUGAGGUUCCCGCGCCUCUAAACGCGGUCAGCAGCCGAAACUACAACUCCCAGAAUCCAGUGUGGCGGAGAGACACGUGCUUCCGGCGUUCGCCUUCCGCCCUGGAGAUACCGAGGUGAGUCCAACCGCUUUUCCCAAGAGCCCCUUCGGCUCCGCCCUGAGCCCCGAGGUGGCCUUCCGGGGUGGGGUUCCUGUGCUUGAGCGACAGCGGUCGGCGGGAACUUCAUCUCCCAGCAAGCUCCGCGCGGGUGCUGGGCGGAGCGGACUCCAUCUCCCGGCAUGCUCCGGGCCCCGCGGGCUCCUGGGCAAGCUCCUUGUGUGGGAUGUACGAGCGGAGGUCACCAUGGGGCUGAAGGCUGCCCAGAAAAACCUGUUCCCUCUGCGCUCCAUUGACGAUGUGGUGAGGCUUUUUGCAGCUGAGCUGAACCGGGAGGAGCCCGACCUGGUGCUGCUGUCCCUGGUGCUGGGCUUUGUGGAGCAUUUCCUCGCUGUCAACAGAGUGAUCCCCACCAAUGUGCCUGAGCUCACCUUCCAGCCCAGCCCCGCCCCCGACCCCCCGGGCGGCCUCACCUACUUCCCGGUGGCUGACCUCUCCAUCAUCGCAGCCCUCCAUGCCCGCUUCACGGCCCAGAUCCGUGGCGCUGUGGACCUGUCUCUCUACCCUCGAGAGGGGGGCGUUUCUAGCCGGGAGCUGGUGAAGAAAGUCUCUGAUGUCAUAUGGAACAGCCUGAGCCGUUCCUACUUCAAGGACCGAGCUCACAUCCAGUCCCUUUUCAGCUUCAUCACAGGCACCAAGCUGGACAGCUCUGGGGUGGCCUUUGCAGUGGUGGGGGCCUGCCAGGCCCUGGGCCUCCGAGACGUCCACCUGGCCCUGUCUGAGGACCAUGCCUGGGUUGUAUUUGGCCCUGAUGGAGAGCAGACGGCUGAGGUUACGUGGCACGGGAAAGGCAAUGAGGACCGAAGGGGACAGACGGUGAACGCCGGCGUAGCUGAGCGAAGCUGGUUAUACCUAAAGGGCUCCUAUUUGCGCUGUGACCGAAAGAUGGAGGUGGCCUUCAUGGUGUGUGCUAUCAAUCCCUCCAUUGAUCUGCACACGGACUCCCUGGAGCUUCUGCAGCUCCAGCAGAAACUUCUCUGGUUGCUUUAUGACUUGGGACACUUGGAAAGGUACCCCAUGGCUCUGGGGAACCUGGCAGACCUGGAGGAGCUGGAGCCGACGCCUGGCCGGCCAGACCCCCUCACUAUCUACCACAAGGGCAUCGCUUCUGCCAAGACCUACUAUCGGGAUGAGCACAUCUAUCCCUACAUGUACCUGGCUGGCUACCACUGCCGUAACCGUAACGUCCGAGAAGCCCUGCAGGCCUGGGCGGACACAGCCACCGUCAUCCAGGACUACAAUUACUGCCGGGAAGAUGAGGAAAUCUACAAGGAGUUCUUCGAGGUGGCCAAUGAUGUGGUCCCCAACCUGCUGAAGGAGGCCGCCGCGCUGGCGGAGACCGGGGAGGAUCGAGGUGGAGAGCACACUCAGGGCUCCCCAGCCCAGGGUUCAGCCCUGCAGGACCCCGAGUGCUUCGCCCACCUCCUGCGCUUCUAUGAUGGCAUCUGCAAGUGGGAGGAGGGCAGCCCCACGCCCGUGCUGCAUGUGGGCUGGGCCACCUUCCUGGUGCAGUCGUUGGGGCGCUUCGAGGGGCAGGUGAGGCAGAAGGUCCGGAUUGUGAGCCGGGAGGCAGAGACGGCAGAGACCGAGGAGCCGUGGGGCGAGGAGGCCCGGGAGGGCCGAAGGAGGGGACCCCGGCGAGAGUCCAAGCCCGAGGAGCCGCCACCCCCCAAAAAGCUGGCCCUAGACAAGAGCGUCCCCAGGAGGCCCGGGGUGGCCCCAGGGGCUCCCAAGGGCCCCGAGGGGGGAGGACCCGGCCCAGCCCCAGCCCCUCCGGCCUCCCAGCCCCCCGAGGGCCCAGUGCUCACCUUCCAGAGCGAGAAGAUGAAGGGCAUGAAGGAGUUGCUGGUGGCCACCAAGAUCAAUUCCAGCGCCAUCAAGCUGCAGCUCACUGCCCAGUCCCAAGUGCAGAUGAAAAAACAGAAGGUGUCCACGCCCAGCGACUACACCCUGUCCUUCCUCAAGAGGCAGCGCAAGGGGCUGUGAGGGGCCGGGGCGCCCGGGGAUCCC